AUGUCAGAUCUAAGUCUACCGAUCAGCCAAUUCGACAUUCCUUACGAAGAGGAACUGCUCCGUAAUCCCUUUUCACUUCGAAGCUGGCUUCGAUACAUUGAUCACAAACGCACAGGCACUGUUCAAGAGCAAUCAUUUAUUUAUGAACGUGCCAUUCGGGAACUUCCUGGCUCAUACAAGCUUUGGAAAAAAUAUCUGGAUCUUCGACGUGGAAAAGUACGCAAUCUGAACCCGGUCAAGCAUCAAGCUCACUAUGAAGCCAUCAACAAACUUUAUGAACGCGCAUUGGCACUGCUUAACAAAAUGCCACGGAUUUGGUUAGAUUAUUGCGAAUUCUUGUUGCAACAGCCUUUCGUUACGAGAACACGACGCACAUUUGAUCGCGCCUUACGGGCAUUACCAGUAACUCAACACUCUCGCGUUUGGGAUUUAUACCUUGAGUUUGCAAAGGAUGCCGGUGGCGAAACUGCCAUUCGUGUUCUUCGAAGGUAUUUGAAGUUCGAUCCAUCUUAUAUUGAGAAUUACGUCGACAGUUUAAACGAUUUGGAACGCUACGACGAAGCAGCUGUCAAACUCGCCUCGAUUCUCAACAACUCCAAAUUCGUAUCCGCGCGAGGCAAAUCUCACUAUCAGCUCUGGCAAGACUUGUGCGAACUCCUCGUCAACCACUGCGGGGAUAUCACGAGCGUCAAAGUCGAACCGAUUAUUCGCAGCGGUAUCAAACGAUUUACAGACCAAGUUGGCAUGCUCUACUGUCGACUCGCCAUGUACUGGAUCAAGAUGCGCCAACUCGAAAAAGCACGUGACAUUUUUGAAGAAGGCAUCACGACGGUUCUGACAGUACGCGAUUUCACAGCCAUCUUUGAUGCCUAUGCCGAAUUCGAAGAGGAAAUGAUCACGACAAAGAUUGAAAUGGCAGCUGAACGUGAAGAGUCGGGCGAAAAGGAUCCAGAAGAAGAUCUGGAUUUGGAUUUACGGUUAUUGCGGUUCGAGCGGUUGAUGGAUCGACGUCCGUUUUUGGUGAAUGAUGUGUUACUACGUCAAAACCCGAAUAAUGCAUUGGAGUGGGAGAAGCGUGUCAUGUUGUGGGGUGACAAUAAGGAAAAAGUCGUCGACACAUAUACACGGGCAGUCCAAACGAUCAAUCCUAAAAAAGUCCAUGGCAAGUUCCAGCAACUCUACAUCAAGUUUGCACGCUUCUAUGAAGACGGUGGAGAUCUGGAUUCGGCCAGAGCCAUUUUUGAUAAGGCCGUCAAGGUCAAUUACAAGAAUGUCAAUGAUUUGGCUGAAGUCUGGUGCGAGUAUGCGGAAUUGGAGGUGCGACAUGAUAACUUUGAUCAGGCGUUGGAUGUCAUGGCACGUGCUACUUUAACGCCGCGUAUCCCUGGUGUCAACCCCAAGAUGAUCAACUUUAAUGACGACACGCUACCGGUACAAGCACGUGUGUUCAAGAGCUUAACCCUGUGGGGAUUCUAUGUCGAUUUAGAGGAGAGCGUUGGCACUGUCGAGAGUACCAAGGCUGUGUAUGACAAGAUCAUGGACCUGCGUAUCGUCAAUCCCCAGAUUGUGGUUAAUUACGGUACAUUUUUGGAGGAAAACAACUAUUUCGAAGACUCAUUCCGAGUGUAUGAACGUGGUAUUGAAAUCUUUGGAUGGCCGAUUGCUUUCGAACUGUGGAAUAUCUAUCUGCAACGAUUUAUGAAGCGCUAUGGCGGCACUAAACUUGAGCGGGCAAGAGAUUUGUUCGAACAAGCACUUGACAAGUGUCCACCCAAAUACGCAAAGUCAAUCUUUCUCAUGUAUGGUCAGCUGGAAGAAGAUCACGGCUUAGCGCGUCAUGCCAUGCGGAUCUACGAUCGAGCUACCAAAGGUGUUGCGGACGAGGAUCGUUUGGAGAUGUUCAACUACUAUAUUGCUAAAGCAACAGCAUCGUUUGGCAUUGUCGCUGCACGUGAAAUUUACGAACGUGCCAUCGAAAGUCUACCAGACAAGGAUGUUCGCCCCAUGUGUCUCAAGUAUGCCGAACUGGAACGAAAACUGGGCGAAGUUGAUCGUGCCAGAGCCAUUUACGGCUAUGCUUCCCAAUUCUUUGAUCCCAAGGUGCAACCCACAUACUGGCAGACAUGGCAUGACUUUGAAGUCCAACACGGUAAUGAAGACACGUUCAAGGAAAUGUUACGCAUCAAACGAAGUGUACAAGCCCAAUACCACAGUGCUCUGUAA